AUUUCACUGAACGUACCAUCCAACAAAUGUAAAUAAACAUGAAUUAAUUCUAAUAAUACAUUUAGUACAAGAUACUUUAAAAAAGGUGUUUAUGAAAACUUCUGAACGUUGAUUAAGAAAUGUCUGAAAUUAAACCAAUUUCUGCUGAACCGGCUAUUGCCGAAAAAGACUCCAAAUAUAGAAUGCAAGCGGCUGCGUUUCUUGGCUUGGUUGGUGGAGUAUCUGCCAUAUUUGGAUUUUCUAAAACACUUGGGAAAGCAAAAGAAUCACACAGUAAAUUGAUAGAGAAAAGUGGACGAGAGGCCGGUGUCUUACUUGAAGAGGGUUCUGCGUUGGCAAUGCGCGCUUUAGGUUGGGGUACUUUAUACGCAGUCAUAGGUACUAGUGUCUUUUGUUAUGGUGUUUGGAAACUAUCGGGAGCAAGAAAUAUGGAGGAAUUUCGAUUGAAAAUGGGUAAAGGUUUACCCAGAAUUACGAAAGACACGCCACCCACCAGCCGUACAGACUUCGAAUCGCUGACAGACUUAAUGAAAUACUUAGGUUCGGGAUGUAAGGAAUAACUAAGUGUACACAUACAUAAAAGUAAAAAGGCUGCUAUAUUUAGGAAAAUAACAAAAAAAUACUUACCAGUGUUUUUAAAAAGAGAAAUACAUUAUUUAGUUUUGGUAAAAUAAAACUUAUGAAAUCUCUAUA